AUGUGCUGCCAAUCCCCGGAACCGCCAGAGCGCGAGGGAGAAGAAUCAAAGUCGUCUCACAAACGCAAUCUCAGCAAUGGAACAUCUGAGCAUUCACCAGCAAGACGAUCCAAGCGACAAAGGUCAACUAUCAAUCUGAAGGAACAAUCUGAUUCCGAGGCUGAGGAUUCCGAGGCUGAAGUUCCUGCCCCUACAGCCAAGGGAAACAAAGACGCAAAGCCCACUCCAAAGGCUUCUGGGAAAAAGGCCACCACCAAGAAAGAAGCCAAGCAAGAGCCUCAACCUAAGAAGACGAGGAAGACCAAGAAAGACCAAGAGGCCGAAGCCAUGCCUUUGGCACCACGAACUCAAGGGUUGCGCAUGUUUGUUGGUGCUCACGUCAGCGCUGCAAAAGGUGUAUUCAACUCUAUCCACAACAGCGAGCAAAUUGGCGGAAACGCAUUCGCUCUGUUCCUCAAGUCCCAGCGGAAGUGGGACAAUCCGGCUUUGCAAGACGAACAUCGAGAUCAAUUCCACAAACUCUGCGCAGAGAAAGGCUACGAUGCAUCCAAACACGUGCUUCCCCAUGGGUCCUAUCUCGUCAAUUUGGCACAAAGUGACAAGGCCAAGGCCAAGCAAGCAUAUACCUCAUUCUUGGAUGACCUCCGAAGCACCAAUCAAACACCACUUCCAGAAGCGCUUUCUCGACUUGCAGAGAUGCUCACGCAAGCCAUUACGGAAACGAAGACCGUGAUUCCGGUCCUGGAGACUAUGUGCGGUCACGGUAACACGAUCGGUGGAGCACUAUCCGAGUUCCGGGAUUUACUUGCUCUUAUUCCAGCCGAGCACCAUGCCCGUAUUGGAAUCUGUGUCGACACCUGCCACAGCUUUGCAGCAGGCUACGACCUGUCCUCGCCCACCGGCUUCAAGGCUUUCCUCGCGGAGUUCGACGAGUUGAUCGGGAUCAAAUUCCUUCGAGCUCUGCACCUGAAUGACUCCAAAGCACCGCGCGGUAGCAAGCGUGAUCUGCACGCCAAUAUCGGCACCGGAUUUCUCGGCUUACGUGCUUUCCACAAUGUCAUGAAUGAGCCUCGGUUCGAGGAUCUACCAAUGGUCUUGGAAACACCUAUCGAUCGGACUCCAGUCAAGGAUGAGGAGGAUAGUGAAAACGAUUCGACCAAGCCGAAGAAGGGCAAAAAGGCUGCCGCGGCUUCUGUUGCUGAUCCGGGUGUUUGGGCGCGUGAGAUCAAGUUGCUUGAGUCGUUGAUAGGAAUGGAUCCUGAGGGAGAGGAGUUCAAGGCCCUUGAGACUAAACUCUCGGAGGAGGGCAGAGCCGAGCGCGAGAGGCUUCAGGAUCAGCACGAGAGGAAGCUUGAGGCAGAUGAAAAGAAGAAGGCCAAAGGGCCUGGAAAAGCGAAGGGACAGAAGAGUCUUAUGGAUAUGAUGAAGGGUGAUGCAAAGAAGGAUUAG